ACACUUACGACCAAGGAGUAAAGCACUAGUUUCGACACUUAUAAAACUGAAGUCGGUUCUCCCCAAAGCGGCAUAGACCGGCAUUGCCUCAUUUCACACCUGGACGGCUCGCCGCCGGCGAACAUUUGAUUUCCUGGCGCCAUCUGAGCGGCUGUCCCAGAAGGCUCGAGCGAGCAUGUUGACAGUCGUUGGAUGGCCAACGACACAGGUCGCCGGUGUUUACAGUCAGACGAGACUCGACGCAGCCGCAUCGCCCCGCUGCCUCUGGACUGCAGCUGGCAAGUCUGACCCGCCCAACAUGGGGGACAUGAGGCCAACAAGACCGCGACAAAGCGGACAGCACAAACAUCGGAUCCUGGACCGCUUCAUACCGCCCCGCUCACUGCGAAGCCACGACUCGCGCUUGUCCACCCUCGCGGACGCGGAGUGGGCGGACGUCACCGCGCAGAGCAUCCUCGAAAAGGACCUGAAAAGCGACCGGCGCGUCGCGUACCGGCGGCUGCUGGAGGACGCCCUGAUCGGGGAGCGCCGCUGCGCCCGCGUGCUGCCCCUCGGGCUGGGCGCGGCGGACGGCGCCGAGGCGAGCUCGAAGCACGUCAAGGUGGUCGACCGCCAGGACUGGCCCGUCCGAGCGCGCCGCGACCCGCUCGUCGGCGCCCCGGAACUGUCGGUCUGCAUGCCGGAGCUGCCGAAGGUCCCGGGCUCGAGGGCGCGCAUGGACCAGCUGAUGUCGUGGGGGGCUUGCGGCGUGCUGGCCGUGGCGGGCCGGUUCGGCGUGUACCUGUGGCGCCGGCCCGUCGAGACCAACAUGCCGGGGACCGCGGGCGCCUCGGAGCUGCUCGUGAGCCUGAAGGACUACAACAAGCCCAUGUCGCUGUGCUGGAGCCCGUCGCCGGACCGCGCCCUGCUCGCCAUGGGCACCGGCCGCUUCAGCCAGGUCCAGAUGUGGGACUGCGACUUGAAGAAGGAGAUGUUCUCGCGGCAGCUGCCCGGUCCCCUGGCCCCGAUCAACGCCAUCUCCUGGCACCCCUACGAGGACGUCAUCGCCAUGGGGUCCUGCUCGGGCAUCGUGUUCCUGGUGACGCCGACGCUGGCGGUCCUCCGGUCCACCCGGGUGUUCGACCGGGUGUCCGGUGGCAUCUCAGUCAUGUCCUUCUCCCACGACGGCGUGCUGCUGGCUUGCGGCGGCGUGAUGGGAACGGCGCUCGUGUGGGACUGGGAGACGGGCGUCGUCCGCGGCGACGAGCUGGACUACGGGUCGUCCGUCACGUCGCUGAGCUGGCACCCGUGGCGCAGCUCCGUGGUGGCGUUGGGCACCUUGGCGGGCGACGUCGCGCUGCUCAACUUCUCGUCGCGGCGCACCACGACGGCCACGUACCAGGGCGCCAAGCGCCAGCCAGUGUCCGUGACGGCCUUGUCCUUCUCGCAGCGGACCGCCGAACUGGUGGUGGCUUUCUCCGGCAAAGGCGUGUCGCAGGUCGCGGUGCUGUCGGACUUGACCACGGUGGUGGACCGCCUCCAGGCGCACCAGGACCCCAUCAACUACAUUUGCUGGAGCCCCGACGGCGCCAUCGUGGCCACGGCCGGGAUGGACGAGAUGCUGUGCAUGUGGAACUUCCUGGGCGCCAAGACCACCAAGGAGCUGCGGCGACGCGCCCUGCAGGAGUCCAGGGAAGACCGCAGCGGCGUCAAGAGGCAGUUCGGGUGCAUCAUUCGGUAGGGCAACGCCGGCACGGCUCAUCUCGUGAUAUUUUACCCAUGUGAUAAUGUACAGAGUCUUUAGAUAAGUGUUUGAUUUUAUUGACUGUUAAUUGAGUUUUUAUUUUACCUUUGUCAAUUUUAGAUUUUAGUAAUUGUUUGCAUCCCCUGUAUUUUAUUGUGAAAUGUAGGCAUAAGUUACAAUUUAAUUGAAUUUAUGUAGAGCUCACCUCCUGUAAUCUGUACUGGUCCAGCUAGAUUUUAGCUUUCGUUUGAAAUAAAUGUCCAUCUUGAUUCAGAAA